AUGGAGAGGGGUCACGCAGGCCUGGGGCCGCGUGAUGGCUUGGCACCUGAGGAGGAGCUCGAACCCCCGGGCCCUGCCUGGAGCGGCGACAGCGGGAAUGUCUCACAGAGUCACAGUAGUGCCUCCGGGCUCUGGGAAGAGGAGGACCAGGAGGCAGCGGAAGUCGCCACUGACGCUGCUGGCUUGGACCUGUCUCUACUCCGCCGCACGGCCGCUGGCUACGCCGCCUACCUGCUGCCUGCGGCCGGGGAGGGAGGCGGCCCCGAGAUGGAAGCUUUAGACAAGAGUCUUGAAGACCUACUAACUAGAGUUGAUGAAUUUGUUGGAAUGCUAGAUAUGAUUCGAAGUGACUCCUCACAAGUAGUUAAUGAAAGUGUACCUCAUAUUCAUACCAAAGCCACUGAAAUGAGUGAGAUAUAUAGAAAAAUUGACAAAUUAGAGGCCUUUGUUAAAAUGAUUGGAAGUCAUGUAACCAGAAUGGAGGAGCAGGUGACAAAAGCUGAAGCAGAACUUGGGACAUUCCCCAACACAUUAAAGAAAUUUUUGCACACAAUUAAUGUGCCAUCCUUUCUUAAUAAGUCAUAUUCCACAAAGCAACAACAAACCGUCUAUGAACCUCCUAUCCUUUUUAGGACAGAAGACUAUUUUCCUUGUUGCAAAGAAGGACCUCAGGCAUGAUAUUGCACAAUACAACUACCUAGGAAAAAGACUUAUAUCAAAGGAAAAAUUCUUAUCUUGAAAAGAUUAUUAGUAUGCAUAUCUACUAUUUAGCACUUGUAGAGUUUUAUGUAUAUUCAAGACAGUAUUUUAAAACAAUAUUUUUCAGUUUGUGUAGAAUGUAUAGCUCUCCCAUGUCUUCCAAAGCUAAACUAAAAUCUUUUUAAAUGGAAUAAAUUUGAAGAAACAUUUCCAGAUAAUUAUCAAAAUUGCUGCCUUAAUAUUUUUACCAUCCUGACCUGGCAACAGUAUUACCUUUUUAGACUUACCUUCACAAAUGUCUUAAAGGAAAAACUACCGAAGUAUUAAAAAGCAUUAUUUAUUAAUAUUCUUGAUAGUUGACAGUCUUCCUAUAGUUUAUUUUUUUAAUGAAGUGUAAAUUAACAUGAGUUAAGCUUUAUACACCUUGCACUGUAAACUAUACAAGACUAUUGACUUGUAAUUCAUUUUGAAAACUAUAUUGAAGCAGCUAUAAUAUUUAGUUCAUA